UUUUUUUUUUAGGGGAGGUGGGAAAGGGGGAGGGGGGAGCGGUUGAAGGCAAAGGAUUGGGAGGGAGAGGGGGCACAUAUUCCUGAAAUGGUGAAAUACGACCGAAAAAGAAAAGAAAAACGUGGCAGAACAUGAAAGUAAAAGAGCGAAAGGAGAGAGAGCGAGAGAGCAAGAGAGGGAGGGCUGAGUAAAAAAGUAUGAGCGCAAAAGAGGGAGGGAGUGGAGGCAGAGCUGGAUUCACAGAAGGAAGGGACGGGGGAGAGGGAAGAGGGAACGGGGUACCAUGCCGAAUGAGCAAGAGAGGCAGAGAGGAAGCAGAGCUCCAUCAAAUGAAAUGAGGUGAACGUAAUUCAGGCAUUAAUCAAGCAAAAGGGCAAAAGGGAGGUUGUACGCUCUCCCGCUCUCUUUCUCUCUCUUCUCUCUCUCUCUCGCUCUCUCUCGCCCGCACGCCACGGAACUGAGAGGCAAGGUGUGAAUGAAGGAGCCCACAGUGGCCAGCAGAGAAGCACCACUGGGUCACAGCAUCAAAUCAUGUCCGAGUCGAACACCACUGCCGCUUCCACCGCGGACCAGAAUGGAGCCGUUCCGGGGGAGCCGGUGAAGAAGGAUGAGAACUCCCGGAGAGGGAACUGGGGCAACCAGAUCGAGUUUGUCCUCACCAGCGUGGGCUAUGCCGUGGGCCUGGGCAAUGUCUGGAGGUUCCCCUACCUCUGCUACAGGAACGGAGGAGGUGCCUUCAUGUUGCCGUACUUCAUCAUGCUGGUGUUCUGCGGCAUUCCUCUCUUCUUCCUCGAGCUGUCCUUUGGCCAGUUUGCCAGCCUGGGCUGUCUCGGAGUGUGGAAGAUCAGCCCCAUGUUUAAAGGCGUGGGCUAUGGCAUGAUGGUGGUGUCCACGUACAUCGGCAUCUACUACAACGUGGUCAUCUGCAUUGCCUUCUACUACUUCUUCAUGUCCAUGACUAACUUGCUGCCGUGGACGUACUGCAACAACCCCUGGAACACACCGGACUGCAGCGGGGUCCUGGGCGGCGGCAGCUACCGGUUCAACGGCAGCCUGGCUAACGCCACCACCAGCCUGGUGGCCGGGGUGUCCGAGGUGGUCAACCGCACCAAGAGGACCAGCCCCAGCGAGGAGUACUGGAAACACUACGUGUUGAACAUCUCCGAUGACAUUGGGAACUUUGGAGAGGUCCGUCUCCCUAUCCUGGGCUGCCUGGCUGUGUCCUGGUUUGUCGUCUUCCUCUGUCUCAUUAGGGGCGUCAAAUCCUCUGGAAAGGUGGUGUACUUCACGGCCACAUUCCCCUAUCUCGUUCUGACCAUCCUGUUCAUCCGCGGCAUCACCCUUGAAGGAGCCGUCAACGGCAUCAAGUACUACCUGACUCCACAGUGGCAUAAGGUCCUCGAUGCAAAGGUGUGGGGAGAUGCGGCGUCACAGAUCUUCUACUCGCUGGGCUGUGCGUGGGGGGGUCUCAUUACCAUGGCCUCCUACAACAAGUUCCACAACAACUGCUUCAGAGACAGCAUCAUAAUCAGCAUAACCAACUGUGCAACCAGUGUGUAUGCCGGCUUUGUCAUAUUCUCCAUUCUGGGCUUCAUGGCACACAACCUAAACGUCCCUGUGUCGGAUGUGGCCGACCACGGGCCUGGCUUGGCCUUCGUCGCCUACCCAGAAGCCCUCACUCUGCUGCCCAUCUCACCGCUCUGGUCACUGCUCUUCUUCUUCAUGCUCAUCCUCCUGGGACUGGGGACACAGUUCUGUCUGCUGGAGACCCUGGUGACGGCCGUGGUCGACGAGAUCGGAACCGACUGGAUCAUCCGGAACAAGACCAUUGUCACGCUUUCGGUGGCCAUAGUUGGAUUCUUACUGGGAGUGCCGCUAACAACACGGGCGGGAAUCUAUUGGCUACUGCUGAUGGACAACUACGCUGCUAGUUUCUCUCUGGUCGUCAUCUCCUGCAUCAUGUGCAUCUGCGUCAUGUAUGUUUAUGGCCACAAAAAAUACUUCAAAGACGUGGAGAUGAUGCUGGGCUUCCCUCCUCCUCUCUUCUUCAAAGUCUGCUGGAGAUUCAUCUCGCCCCUCAUCAUCUCUUUCAUCCUGAUCUUCACAGUGAUCCAGUACAAGCCCAUCACCUACAAUAACUACGUGUACCCCGGGUGGUCUCUGGCUAUUGGCUUCUGCAUGGCCAUGUCCUCUGUGAUCUGCAUACCCGUCUAUGCCCUCUACAAGAUCUCAAGGUCCCCAGGGGCCACCUUCAGAGAGCGGUUGAAGUUCGCUUGCCGGCCACAUCCAUCCUGGGGCCCCGCCCUGCAGGAGCACCGGAUAGGCCGCUACGCCUCCUUGGCCUCCGAAGACACGGUGGAAUCUCGUCCCCUCAGGGAGAAGCAGGAGCUGAAUGAGGAGCAGAAGGGAGAGCUGAAGGAGGAGCUGAAGGAGGACGAGGAGGACAAGGAGAGGAGGGAUGAGAUCAGCCUCACCAUCCAGGGAAGCAAUGGCUCCACCAACACACAAAACAACCCCAAUCCCAGCGCAUAGGCGGCACGGUGCUCCGUCAGCGCUGCCGGGCACCACCCCCAUCCCACCCCCCUUCGGUUCUCCACCAACUCUUCCCUCUCUUCUUCCCUUCUCCCCCAUCCUGCAACCCACUUUCCCACAGUCCUCUGUGGGGGAGAUCCCAUUUGCUGGAGACCUUUACAUAUUGUAAGGGCUUAUAUCCUAAUCUCGUCUAUCUAUCCAUCAAUCUGUGUGUUGUCUCUAGAUAAACAAAGAAGAAAAAAAGCGAAAGGAAAAAAAAAAAAUUGGGUCUUCAUCCAAAAUAUGUAUGUGUAUAUUAGUGUGUGCAUGGUUUGUUUAUUUGUUACACAUAAUUUAAUGCAGUUUUUUUUCCUUUCCUUUUUUUUUUUUUUUAAACUUGUAUAUGUCAUCUUCAUGUGCAGUUAGAGGUACCGUAGAUUGUGAAGCUGCAUGCAGCACCAUAGAGACGCACACUGUUCUCCUAUUUUCUGGUACCUGGGUCUGUGUGGGAUCACAGCCGUGAUUGGCAGCUGGAGACUUGCGACGCGAUAUACGGUGUGGUGCAGUGACAAAGAGGAAACUGGGUGAACUGGGGCGACCCGGCCUUCAACCGCUUGAUAGGAGGCGGUCACACUCAUCACACUAUGGUACAUAUUACGGCACACAGUGACCUCAACCGUAGGUGAUCUCAGAUUAAUACUAAACCUGUUGUUUGUUUUAUGCUGCUUCCUUCUUUUUUUUAGUUUUUAGUUUGACAGAGCACACACGUUUAACACCUGAGAGGGCGGCUGACAAUUUUUCGUGGGGAACGUCCUCCAUUCGUGAAUUUUUUCCAAUUAAAGCUGAUGAUUCAGCAGAGAAAUAUCAGUUAACUUGGAUCGGUGCUGUAGUCUCUGCCGCUGCACACACACACAUUGCAUUGACAUGCAAGCAUUUCUUCCGGGUUUUAAGACAGAAUAGAUCCCAACGCCCAUUUCUCAGGGUCCAAGUUAAACUUGUGUUUCCUUCGCUGUGGAAACCUUGUAGGGACCUUUUAAGUUCAUGGGGACCUUAGACUGCCUAACUCUUCCCCCGCUGUCGACAGAACACACACACACACACGUGCACACAAAACAGGGGGGUGUAGCUCUGUCUGUCAAAGUGCCAUCUCUCCUUAAGUCUUCCAGGCAUUCUUCCUGAGUAAAAUGCAUCUUAGGAUGAGGUCCGUGGAGGAGUAUCCGGGCUAGGGGACGUAGCCAGAGGCAGUAUGGUGGGCGUGUCGUAGUCUGUGUCUCCCUGUGGGUUCUAUCACUCUGCCCCAUUGACACGUUUACCAAAAACACCCAAGUUACCCGAGUCCUGCACAUGUUUUUGGUAACGUAUGUAUGCUGUAUAUCACGCCUGGUACGGUGGUGGAAGCUUAAAUGUGCUUGCAGGUAUUUACUUUGAAGCUCUGAGGCGUGCUGUGCUGUGAGGAGGCAGAGAAGUGCAGCAGAGUUGUGUAGAUUUAAAUGUAGCUGUAUAGUAUGGUUCUCAGUAGAGUUCUCCUUUUUACCUCUUAUUAUUGUAAAGUAACUUAGUAAAUAAUUAUAAGACAACAUGUGUUUAUUUUGUACAAAAAGAAUUACAAGAAAACUACAGAAUCUCACCUAACCAUGUUUACCAUUCCUCAUCCAUGACUUGAUUUGUUGUUGUCGGGUGUGAGUGAGAAGGGCCCGUCUUUUGGUUGGGUUAUCCUUAAAGAAGUGUCCGACUAGAGGCCUUCCAGGAGAACUUUGUAGUGGUGAGGCCACAGACGCGUGUGGCGGUCUGAAUACUGAACAAAUACAGGCAGCUGUCUAUCCGUCCGUCUGUAAGGUUUCUUCGCCUCGUGGUUUAUCUUCGUGAGCUGGGAAGUCGUGGACGAUAUCCAAGACGCUCGCAGACCUAUAGUGAUACCAGUGGGACCAUGGAACAUAUUCUCAAAAAAUACCAGGCUGUAUUAGUUUGUGUUCCUUUUUGCGUAAAGAGUUAGCUGACAAGAUUGAAAGCACUGGCAUGUAUGUGCAGGGGACGAAAGCUGGAUAGCUUAGCAUAAAGACUGGAGAUGGGGAACAGCUACGCCGUCUUAUAACAAUACAUGCCUUCACUAAUGAACACAUUUUUAUCUUGUUUUUUGAGAAUUUUUUCAAGAUUUUUUUUGCAAAUUGUUGUCUUUACGAUCUCGCCGAACAUCAAAUAAAAUAAAAUAAAUGUAUUAAUUAUUGAGCUCUUAGAGUUGCUAGGAUGAUUUGAGCCACACGGUUUCCCUGUGUUCCCAGUCUUUAUGCACCGCUAAGCAGCCGCUGGCUACAGCCUCAUAUUCACCAUACAUACGAGUAAAUCAAUCCUAUUAUCUAACUCUCAGGAAGCAAAAUAAGCAUUUCCAAAUGGUGGAUUCUCCUUAUAAGGAUUUCAUAUGACUUCAUGCUUAUCGGUUUUUACAUAGAUUUUCAUAAUUAUUGAAUUAGACCCCAGGCUCCGACUAGUUUAACCGGAUCAUUUUCAUAAGAUUACAUAGGUCAGGGUUUUUUUUUGGUCCACAAAGCUAGUUUGGCUAAAUCACCAUAGCAACACAUCCAAAAACUUGAAUCUGCUGUGUCGCAGGCUAAUUUAAGUGAGCCGGAUAAGCCUGCCACUCCCACGGAAAGAAAUGACAGCUCCCUUCCUCAGAGAUCCUAUUGAUGAGCGACAUCCGUUAGAUUAGUGCUUUAUAGGGAGAGAGUUCUUCAAGAGCACCAAGAUCCGUUAUCACAUCACGAUGACUUCCUAUACGAGCGCUGUGGAUGCUGCCAACAAGGAAUCAAUUUAGAAGAAGACCUUCUUUAGCCGUACAUGGUUAACCCAUCUAUUCGUUUGUAUCAAUUAGAAACUCUUUGGGCUUGUUUUUAAUCUACUGACUACUCCAUCUAAAGAAAUAUAAUCUGAUUGAAUGGGGAGAUGAGGCACUUCAAAUUAGCAUCAAACAUUUUCCCAACACGCAUUUAACUUAAUUUGCUGUUGGACUGUCAGAAAUCCCGGUUUCGUUGAUCGACUCUUCCCCCUUUUGCAGUAGGACGGCCGCGCAACAUUAUCCUGAUUACUGAUUUUUACUGAUAUUGAUUUUCUACAGGUAGGUCAUAGGAACUCACAUGUGUCAUGUGUCUAAAUGUUAGUGAGUUGUGGCUUUGCUUUCGAUCUAUUGUGACUUCCUGGUUUUGGAAAUAUUCUCCCCACGCAUUGUAUUUUGUAAUAGUGUUUUCUUCAAUCAAAUUAAGAAACCAGGUGCUCUUGGAAACUACACAUCAUCACCUUGCUUCCUUCGAGUCGAAUUCUUACUUUUCCCGGGAAAGAAGGGUGAAUAUGGAGUUGUUUUUCUGGGUGCACAUUGGGAGGGCUUGUAGCUCUGACCAGUUCCUUUGUGCGGUUGUCUUGUGUGUUCAUGCUGUAGUAAGUGAAGCCACCGCGUCACUAUGCUUUCUCUCGCCUCAUCCCGACCCUUCGCCAUCUCUGCUGGCCCCACAACUCUGUACAGUAAUGUAAAGAAUAUAUAAUCGCACUGUGUGUAUGUGCUUGUUCAUCUUUGCUUUUAUCUCAAGGUCGGGGUUAAGUGUCUUUUUUGUUGGGUCGGGAGGGGUGGGGCAUUAUUUCAAUUUAUUUUUUUGAUUUUGUCAUUUUUCUCGUAGUGUAUUGUAGACGACAGUGCGUGUAUCGUGUACUCAGUGUGUAGUGGAUUAGCUCUUACUGCUGAACCUGCAUGAAGAGCAGGUGUAGUGUCAGUAUUAAUGUCAGUGUACCUCUAACCUAAUCGGAACUAGACAAGUCCUAUUCUGCUAAUGAUUUUAUCUUUUAAGAAAGGAAAAAAAACAUUUUUUACUAAAAGAGAAGGAAAA